UGAUAAACAAUCUGUAUGAUAAAAAAAAAAAAAAAAUCAAAUUCGAAAUCGUAUCUUGGUCGUCACAUCGUCAAUUCAGAUUAAGGGUUCUUCCACUCCCACUCUCAUUUCAGUAACUUGAAAAUGAAAUUGGUUUUUUCAAUCUUUAUGCUGCAGGUGCCAGGUAAAGUUUGAAGUGUGCUAUCAAUAAUUAUACUUUGUGACUAUGGUUUUGAUAAGCGGGAAUAACAAAAGUGUUUUACAACAAGCAAAUGAUGAGAGGAACAAAGCUCAAGGUGUUGCACUGCAUCAAAAUUCUCAUCAGCAAGGAAAUAAAACCGUUGAAAGUGGGCGUAGCCCAAAUUUGACCAACACACUUUUGACCAAAGGAAUGACAACAAUGGAUGAAUUUAAAUACGGGUUUCCAUCCGAAAGCUUAUCGACUACAUCAAAUAAAUGGUGGGGAAGUGAUAAUCGUGUUGAGACCCGCUCAGACGGAGCCGAGAGUCAACCCAAAGAAAGCACAGGAGAAUCAGAAAAGAAGGAACACGAAACCGGAAAAGGUGAAAAUAGUGAAGAAACUCUUCAAGGUUCAUCUUUGUUGAGAGCUGUGAGGAAAAGAGCUGUAGAAGAAGGAAGAGAAGCAUUUAAAUUAGGAGUUUUUCGAGGCUAUGGCGCAAACAAGGUUGCCAAAAGGGAGAAAAUAUUGCUUCACCAAAUAUUUGGAUCUUCAUUGCCAAAGUCAUGGAUACAUGAAUUGUAAUUUAGGAUUUGGAUUUGGUGUAGUAACAUUGUCAUGUAGGUUUCGAACUCUACUGUUUGAUCUCAAACUAACGACCGAUCUUUAGAUCGUUAACUUUAUGAAAUUGAAAGCAGCUGUUUUUCAUAA